GUUAGAUCUUCCUUUUUCAACAUGAAAGCAGAUGUCAUGGAUAAGUUUAACCAGACAUUUGUGAGUGAAUUCAUUCUUCUGGGUCUUUCUGGGUACCCAAAGCUUGAACUCAUUUACUUUGUUCUAAUCCUAGUGAUGUAUCUAGUGAUUCUAAUUGGCAACGGUGUUCUCAUCAUAGCAAGCAUCUUUGAUUCCCGUCUUCACACCCCCAUGUACUUCUUCCUGGGCAACCUCUCUUUCCUGGAUGUCUGCUAUACAUCCUCCUCUGUUCCCUCAACAUUGGUGAGCUUAAUCUCAAAGAAAAGAAACAUUUCCUUCUCUGGAUGUGCAGUACAGAUGUUCACUGGGUUUGCAAUGGGAUCAACAGAGUGUUUGCUUCUCGGCAUGAUGGCUUUUGAUUGCUACAUGGCCAUCUGUAACCCUCUGAGAUACCCCAUCAUCAUGCACAAGUUGGUGUAUGUGCUGAUGGCUUCAGUGUCAUGGCUCUCUGGUGGAAUUAACUCAAUUGUGCAAACAGCUCUUGCCAUGCAAUUGCCUUUCUGUGGGAAAAAUAUUAUCAAUCAUUUCACUGAAAUAUUAGCUGUUCUCAAGCUGGCUUAUGCUGAUAUAUCCCUUAACAUUAUCACCAUGGUGGUAUCAAAUAUAGCCUUCCUGGUUCUUCCACUGCUGGUUAUUUUCUUCUCCUACGUGUUCAUCCUUUACACCAUCUUGAGAAUGAGCUCAGCCACAGGAAGACACAAGGCCUUUUCCACCUGCUCAGCACAUUUGACUGUAGUGAUCAUAUUUUAUGGUACCAUCUUCUUUAUGUAUGCAAAGCCCAAGUCCCAAGACUUGCUUGAAGAGGACAAGUUACAAGCAUUAGGCAAACUCAUUUCCCUGUUUUAUGGGGUAGUGACCCCCAUGCUGAAUCCUGUAAUCUAUAGCUUGAGGAAUAAGGAUGUAAAAGCUGCUGUGAAAUAUCUGCUGAACCACAAACCUGUCUAA